UAUUUACUAAAUUAUCUUAUCCGAAUCCUGCAAUUCAUAGGACACGUAUUUUUUAAACUUUUUACUUCUGUAUGUUACGGACUUAAACGAACUUCGAGACUGCAGUAGAUCAAACAUAAUUCGACAACGGAAAAUGAAGAGAAAGCAAAACGGAGACCACGAGUAUGUGUGAGCGCAAUUAUAUGUCGCGAUAAAACUUACAAGUUCCCGGAGAUAAAAGAAAUUUCAUCAUGCCGAAGUGUGAAUCACGGACCAUUAUGCAGGGAAUGUAGCAUUUUCACAACAAUGAGUAAACAAUUACGCAUGGUAUAUACUGGGAAACGAGUGCGUUUAACGAUAUCUGGUAUUGAGAUCGCGUCAGAAACGGUGCACCACUAUGUCGAUGUGCAAAUUUCGCUACGAAACGCGAUACAACGUCUACAGCAUUAAGCCUUAAGCAUAUACUAAGUGUGUGCGUUACCAGCUUAAUGACACACAUCUGCACGAAGUGUACGUGUGCGUUCAAGCAAGCUGAAGGAGCAAACCGCGAGUGGGAGCAAAGGUUUGGUCGGCGGCUGUUUUCCGGCAAAUUUGCUCGCGCGACUUCAAGGAAAGAUCAGUCGGAACCUAUUAGUGGUACAGCUAAGUGACAAAGAAACUUAGAAUGACUCUCGGAGGAGGAGUCUUCGUCUUGGCACUCUUUGUUCAUCUGUCGUGGUCAUCGUCGCUCGCAACUAAGAUGUCGGGAAAUUGCCCGUCGUUUAGUAGUUCCAUGACUCAAACGGAACUCUUGCAGGAACUGGCAAACGAGUGUCGUUACGACAAAAUGAUCAGGCCACCCGGGGUGGUAAACGUGACCGACCCGAUCAAAGUUUAUACCAGAGCCUUCAUUUACACGAUAAAGUCCAACAUGGCCAAAACUCUGCAAUUCGACGUGCAUCUGAUGCUGCAGUUUCGAUACCUGGACAAACGGCUAAAGUUCUCGGACAUAGCUCCUUAUCUGACUCAAAUAUACGGUGGUCAAUCCGCCCACGACUUGAUCUGGACCCCGACAGUGUACGUGGCGAACGAGCGCACUUCGGCCGUGAUGGGGAGUGGCGUGAAGGACCUGCUUAUCUCCAUCAAUCCUGACGGCAUGGUCAUGUUGAACACAAGGCUGGAGGCCACCCUGAAUUGCGGGCUUCGGUUGGAAAAGUUCCCGUUCGACGUGCAAGAGUGCCCGCUGGUCUUCGAGAGCUGGACUCACAAUGUGAACGAGAUGGUGCUGGACUGGGAUGAGGAGCCGAUCGUCAUCGCAGACAAUUUGUAUCUAACGGAGUAUAAACUCGUAGACAAGUGGGUCAACAGCUCUGGAAUAUCCUACACGUCAUCGCAGUAUCAUUACGGACAUUUCGCCGGCAAUUUUAGCUCAAUAAAUAUUACGUUUAAACUGGCCCGUGAAAUGGGAUUCUUCAUGAUGGAUUACUACGUUCCGUCCAUAUUAAUCGUGGUGAUCUCUUGGGUGUCCUUUUGGUUGCAUGUGGAUGCGAGCGCGCCACGAAUAGUGUUAGGAACGAACACUAUCCUGACGUUCAUGACGCUCGCGUCGAAGGUGGAGAAUUCUUUGCCGAAAGUCUCCUACAUCAAGGCCAGUGAAAUUUGGUUUUUGGGUUGCACGAUAUUUCUGUUCGCGGCGAUGGUCGAGUUCGCUUUCGUCAAUACUAUAUAUAGAAGGAAGAAGAAUGUACCCCUGAAGAAAGUGAACAGCAAAUACAUUCUUAAGUCGACUUUGACACCGCGUCUGGCGAGAAAGCAGUUCCAGAAGAACACGAGCGGGCUGGAACGGUCGCGAUCAUGGUCGUCGUUGGAUAAUGCGAACAGCAGCGAGCAAGACUUCACGAGUCAGAAUUACCUCACCGUGCAUAGCUUCCCGAGCACGAUCAAUAUCCCGUCGGUGAGAAUAGAGGAGGACAAAGACCCGGACUGUUCCGUCGGCAGCAUCACGACCAUCGACAGCACCCCACCGUCCAAGCCUUUCCCGCGCAGGGCGACUCUCGCCAAGUUGCACAACUUCACGACGAUGACACCGCAGGAAAUCGCUCAGUGGAUCGACAAGCGCAGUAGAAUAAUGGUGAUGUUGGAAGACCAGGAUGGCGACAAGCAGAAGCGUGCAGUGCCACGGCAAUACCUCUACGACGUAGUCUUCGGCGAGGAUUCCACUCAGGAGGAGGUCUACGAAGGCACUACGAAGAACUUAGCGCAGGACGUCCUGAACGGCUACAACGCCACUGUGUUUGCCUACGGUGCGACGGGCUCGGGGAAAACGCACACGAUGGUAGGGACAUCGUCGAAUCCUGGAAUCAUGGUGCGCGCCUUGAACGACAUUUUCCUGGCCACCAAAAAAUUGCCGGACAAUACGGAGUUCACGGUGACAAUGUCAUACAUGGAGAUUUACAACGAGAACAUACGCGAUCUCCUCAAUCCCAACUCAGGAUACUUAGAUUUACGCGACGACACUCGCGGUCGCAACGUCCAGGUCUCAGGACUGACGGAAGUCUCCACUAACUCGACCGAGGAAGUGAUGCAGCUGCUGCAUCGAGGCAACAAAGCGAGGACGAUGGAACCGACCGCAGCGAAUAGAACCUCGUCGCGAAGCCACGCUCUCUUGAGCGUGACGGUGCGACAAUCCUCCCGGCCAAUUCAGGAUAGUGACCAACGUCUGCGGAACCGAGUAAAGCAAGGCAGGCUGUUCAUGAUCGAUCUCGCCGGAUCUGAACGAGCAAAACAGACCAAGAACAAAGGCAAGAGACUACAGGAAGGGGCGCACAUCAACAGAUCUCUCUUGGCGUUGGGCAAUUGCAUCAACGCUCUAUCCGGUGGCGCGCGAUACGUGAAUUACCGCGAUUCCAAACUCACCAGGUUAUUGAAGGAUGCUCUCAGCGGCAAUUGCCGCACCGUCAUGAUCGCGCACGUGUCGCCGGCGAGUGUGCAUCGGGAUGAGAGCAAGAACACCCUGAUCUACGCGGAUCGCGCCAACAAGAUCUCCAACAAGGUCGAGCGGAACGUCUUCGACGUCAGUUACCUGCAGCACGUCGCGCAGUAUCGCGAUAUAAUCAGUGACUUGAAGAGCGAGAUCUCUCGACUGCGAAACAAGAUGAAGGAGGACAGGCCAAAGAGGGUGGAGGAGAAGGAGCCGGACACGCAUAACAAUGAUUUCAGGUCGUUGAGGGAGAAGAUUGUCUCCGCCUUUAAGGAGCAGAUGCGUUUAAGGAGGAAGCUGAUGGAACUGGACAGUCAUCUGCUGGGUCUAAAUAUCGCGGCCGAACAGCAGCACUCCAUAAUCUCGCAUUGGGAGUCGCGGAAUAACAGAGUCUACGGGAAAAGUCGGGAUUCUAGCACGCGACGUCCCGACACAGGUUACCAAGUGGAUGAGGUGGAUGACGUGGAUCUCCUGGAAGAUACAGAUCUGGAAGACGACGUGGCGGUGCAACAAGCGUGGACAGAACUGACGGAGAUCACGAGGGAGCAAGAGAGAUACGCGGAGAUGCGCGCCACCGCGGAGAAGGAGCUCGAGGCCUGCCGAAAAAAUAGCGCGAUGCUCGAAGACGAAUUACCGUCGCGCAUCAACUCGGACGAGGAGCGCGAGCUGUUGGCACUGAUGUUGCGUGUUCACGAGCUCGAGGCGGACAAGAUGAUGCUGCAGAGCGAAAGACUGGUGAAACAACAUGAGCUGAGACGCCGUGAGCUACUGUUGCUCCGCUACGACCGGCAGAGACAGAUCUCCGACGAGAUUAUCACCAGACAACGACGAAUCAUGGAAGACGGUCGUUUGACACUCCCGCCCGACCUGCAGAACCUGUACGCCAUGUAUCAGCAGGAAAUUCAAGCUGCGACAUACGUUGAUAGCAGUCUCGGCGAUCUCGUGUCGCCGACCACGUCGUUUGGCCACGGGAAACUACCUCCUAUAUCCAGUCGGCUGAGUUAUGACAAUCUCAACAGUGAUAUAAGGAUAGCCAGCAGCUCGGAUUCCGACUGGGAGUCGCCGCUGCCGCCGAUUCAAGAGCCGUCCGAAGCGGAGCACGUGAUGGGGCCGCUGGUGCAGCCCCUAAUUUCCCCAGCCGCGCUGUUCCCACCGAUUUCGGCGGUCAAUCAGCGAAACCACGACAAGAAAUUACGUCGAAUAGCGAGCGACGACAGCAUCGAUUCGGUGCGAUUUGUGCACAACAACGGCGGGGACGACCGCUAUCCCGCUUUUCGAAGAAUCGACGACCGCGGAAAAGCUAGUUGAGAUGGACGUUGAAAUUUUCCCGUCGUCUUUCACGAGCGGUUCUGCGUGACUUUGGCACUGCGGCUUGGGCGCUGCUUCCAACUGGAGCGAUUUCAGGAGUGCGUCUGAACGCCAUCGUCCGCUCGCCAUCCUCUUCGGUGGUAUUUCCGCUGAUCAACGCGCUGUCGAUGGCCAUGCGACUGCUGCGCAAACGUCUACGCAAUACCGUCGCGUCGGCCUGAGGCUUGGAGACGUCGCGAACGAGAGUCAUGAUGCGAUGCCUCUCGCGAGAGUUCUUCGCGGCAUCUGAGGCUUUUCGAGGGGAACGAACACGUCGCGAACGCUGACGGGAUUCGUCGACUUUACUAUAGACCCCGCGCCUUCGCGAACGUCUGAUCGCAUCGAUCCCGGAUGUUUUGCUUAUACUCAACAACUGAAAAGUAGUAUUGCCAGUAAAUAUCGACCGUUACCUACAUAAACACCGUCUGUUCAUUAUUGAAACGGCGAUCGCGUAUCCGAGAAUCGAUAACAAGUAUCAACAAGUCGACGUGUUUAACACCAUCGGCGUAGUUUCGUCGAAUUGUGCGAGAUCCUUUUUGAUGUAUAUACGUGUGUGUGUGCGCGCUUUUUAGGAGCUAAUGCAUUACGUAUGAAGACUGCUGCUGAUUGCGGAUAACGCCGACGUAAUUUUUACGUAUAUGCGAAAGGUAACUUACCGCGAGCCUAGAAGCGGACACAUCCGAAUCGGUUCGUCGCGUUAUCAUGGAUGCCCUCUGCUGCUGUAGGAUGCCGACCUCGACUUCGUUAUCGUCGUCGGCCUUCGAAGCCGCGACGGUGUCCUCGUCGUUCAUCUGCGACGUCGGAUCCAAGGCAGCAGAAUUAUCCUGCGCCGCCCAUUCGUCCAGACGCGCGUCCCACUGCUUCUUCCAUUCGCUCCAGUAGAACUUAGUCUUGCGGAAUAUCAAGGGAUCAACGAAAAGCUUGCACCAUCCCCACAAUAGCUGCGCUAUCGGAGCAGAAAAUGAUCGGGGUUAAUCGUGUUCUUCACUCGCGGAUAUAAUAAAUCAUGAAUUUAUUCCUGACAUAAUCCGCGCGUGAUGUCUGGACCUUAGGAUUAUUUUGAAAUCAAUUAAAACACCGUCUUAACUCGACAAAUUACUUCCUACUACUUUUUAUAUGAGUGCCUACGUGUUAGAAAUGUAAUGUAAACGUAGAAUACAUAUAGACUUGUACAUGGAUAAUAUUUUUAAUAGAAUGUUUCAUUUCCCCCCAGAUAACACAAAGAAUUCAAAAAGAAUUCAGUCAUAUGUCACCAAUUCUGAGUUCGUUUUCAAAUGCAAAAAGAAUUUUUCAGAAUUCAGUUCAGUGAAAAAAAUUCUUUUUGCAUCUAAAAAUAAACGCAGAGUUGGUGACAUACGAUAGAAUUCUUUUUUAAUGUGCUAUCUGGGCCGUGUACCUUCCGAUACGACAUCGCGGAACACGACCGAAUUCAGAUUGACGAUUAUCUUGACUUUCUUUCCUCGACUAGGAGUAGCAAUGUAAAGUUCUCGGAAUACUAUUGUCUCGAGGUUAAAUUAUGCAUCUCUUACUUUUGGUUGCUUUAUUACGUCCAAUUGUGCGAUGUCGUAACAGCGAAAAAUCUCCAUCUUCUUGGAUAGCUCUUUUGCAAUACUUUCCAUAUAUUUGGACAUUGCAUCCCGACAUUGUGCGGUCAUUAGCUUGGGAUAUGUUUGCGACAGGUAAUCCAAUAAUGAUAACAUGAAUCUCUAAACAUAUAAAGAUAAAGGAAAAUCAAAUUAAGAUAGUUCUUUUUUAUAAUUUCAUAUAAAAGUGAAUUCUUCGGAGAACGUGAUAAUUGCUGAAUUUAUAAAUUUCUUUUGAAUCUUUGAAAAAAAUGAAACACAAUAAACUUUACGUACAUGCA